AAGAAAAGUUUCAACUCAAGAACAAGCUGGAUCAAACAAAAGAACUAAAUCUUCAAGCUCUAGAGAGAAGCAUGUCGACGGGUCAUCUGUGGAAGUUUCGACAACAACGUUGGAAAAGAUAUUAAAUCAAAAUGCGAGGCUUAACGCUAAACUUGAUAUAUUAAUAUCAGGUCAAAAAAAACUAGAGGAAAGAAUUAUAAAGUUGGAAGAGGAUUGUACAAAGCAUAUAGGCAUUGAUAAAACUUUUGAAAAAAAUCUGAUUAAAAAUAUCGCAAAAGAGACGCUAACUAGAUCAAUAUACCCAACACAAGAAGAAUUACGAGAGAUUACGGAAGAAUAUGUAUCGGCAAAUCACUCCGAAUUUUUUGGUAAAUUUACCCGAAAGCGUUGGACGUCUUUUUAUGAAAAAAAUAUUUAUCAUGCUCUAUUAAAACAACAUCGGAGCCUCCGUGGUACUUUAACAUCAAGAAUUAGGGAUGCAAUAUUUGCGGUAUUCGGCGAGGCCCAGCUACCACCAAUAAAUACCAAUGCAAGUCUGGCAGAGAUCCAAAGUUGGAAAAAAUCCAACAAAUUAAAGGAAUGCCAGGUUAAAUUAUUUGCUCCAAUAAAGGAGGGUGAACGAACUACCCACCUAACUCGUAUUUUAGAUAAAGUUUGGGGACCUAAGGAGCGAACAUCACUUCAAAGAGCCUACACCACUGCCAUAUGUAAAAUCCUACUAAAUCCUAAAAUAGAAAAUAUACAGAUUUCUGAAAACAUUGUUAAAUUGCAUAUGAAUAAAAUUUUG